AUGGAGUGUCCUGCAAACCACUCCUUGGACUUCCUCUUCACUCCUCUCCUGCAGACCUCCAAGAAGCUGGUGAACUCAGUGGCAGGCUGUGCUGAUGACGCCCUUGCUGGCCUGGUGGCCUGCAACCCCGACCUGCAGCUCCUGCAGGGCCACCGGGUGGCCCUCCGUUCUGACCUGGACAGCCUCAAGGGCCGGGUGGCACUGCUGUCGGGUGGGGGUUCUGGCCAUGAGCCUGCCCAUGCAGGUUUCAUAGGGAAGGGGAUGCUGACGGGCGUCAUCGCAGGAGCUGUGUUCACCUCCCCAGCGGUAGGCAGCAUCCUGGCGGCCAUCAGGGCAGUGGCCCAGGCGGGCACAGUGGGGACCCUCCUUAUCGUGAAGAACUACACUGGGGAUCGGCUCAACUUCGGCCUGGCCCGGGAGCAGGCCCGGGCUGAGGGCAUUGCUGUGGAGAUGGUGGUCAUUGGGGAUGACAGUGCCUUCACUGUCCUGAAGAAGGCAGGCCGGCGGGGGCUCUGUGGCACAGUGCUCAUACACAAGGUGGCAGGUGCCCUGGCUGAGUCAGGUGUGGGGCUGGAAGAGAUCACAAAGCGGGUGAGCAUGGUUGCCAAGGCCAUGGGUACCCUGGGCGUAAGCUUGUCCUCCUGCAGCGUCCCUGGCUCCAAACCCACCUUUGAACUCUCAGCCAAUGAGGUCGAGCUGGGACUGGGGAUCCAUGGGGAAGCUGGCGUGCGCCGAAUAAAGAUGGCAACUGCCGAUGAGAUUGUGCAGCUCAUGCUUGACCAUAUGACGAGCACGUCCAAUGCAUCCCACGUGCCUGUGCAACCAGGCUCCUCGGUGGUGUUAAUGGUCAACAACCUGGGCGGUCUGUCAUUCCUGGAACUGGGCAUCAUGGCUGAUGCUGCUGUCCGCUCUCUGGAGGGCCGUGGGGUGAAGAUUGCCCGUGCCCUGGUGGGCACCUUUAUGUCAGCACUGGAGAUGCCGGGCAUUUCUCUCACCCUCCUACUGGUGGAUGAGCCCCUCCUGAAACUGAUAGAUGCUGAAACCACCGCAGCAGCCUGGCCUAAUGUGGCCAAAGUCUCCGUGACUGGGCGGAAGCGGAGCCGGGCAGCCCCUGCAGAGCCCCAGGAGGGCCCUGAUUCCUUUGCUGCAGGAGGUUUAGCCUCAAAGCGUAUCGCGCUUGUGCUGGAGCAGGUGUGCACCACUCUCCUGGGCCUGGAGGAACAUCUUAAUGCCCUGGACCGCGCUGCCGGUGAUGGGGACUGUGGCACCACCCACAGCCGUGCUGCCAGAGCCAUCCAAGGGUGGCUGAAGGAGGGUCCACCCCCUGCCGGCCCUGCCCAGCUACUCUCCAAAUUGUCCGUCCUGCUACUGGAGAAGAUGGGGGGCUCAUCUGGAGCGCUCUACGGCCUGUUCCUGACUGCAGCCGCCCAGCCCCUCAAGGCCAAGACUGACCUCCCAGCCUGGUCUGCUGCCAUGGAUGCCGGCCUGGAAGCCAUGCAGAAGUAUGGAAAGGCUGCCCCAGGGGACAGGACUAUGCUGGAUUCUCUGUGGGCAGCACGACAGGAACUCCAAGCCUGGAAGAGCCCAGGGGCUGACCUGUUCAAAGUCCUGACCAAAGCAGUCAAGAGUGCUGAAGCUGCAGCCGAGGCCACCAAGGAUAUGGAAGCUGGAGCAGGAAGAGCAAGCUAUAUCAGCUCUGCUCGGCUGGAGCAGCCAGACCCUGGGGCAGUAGCAGCUGCCACCAUCCUCCGUGCCAUCCUCGAGGUUUUGCAGAGCCAGGGUGUGUGACUCACGCCCUUGGCCUCAGCUCCUCUCUCUCUGCUGUGCUGAGGUGGCCCUUGUUACUUCCUUCUGCCUUCCAGCCAUCACCUUCUCCCUCCCUCGCCCCCCAGGCCUGUCCUCUUGAGUUCAGCAGGAAAUCCUCCACCAAGCCUCCAGAACUGCUCCACAGCAGGCAGAGGCAGCACCACCCUGGAGUGGGUCACGUGCCUCUCCAGCACUGACCUUUCCCUCUUCAGGGAGAGUGGAGUCCAUGGGUCACCCCACCAUGCCCCAGCCAGCUCUGGGCUUCAGCAAUAAAGCAUUUUCUUUCCCUGAGCUAUAGCACAGCCUGUAAUUGGCAAUACUAACUUGAUUUAAGACUCCCUGUGAAAGGCCUUCGGUACCUGAACACAGGUCAAUGUGCAAAAGAAAGCUAAUAAACCACAUUGAAGCCACAAAGCUGCUACUUCCUCCAAGGGACCUUUCCCAAGCACGGGAACAAGUGGGUCCACUGAUGCCCCAGGGACCGAGGCCUCAGCCCUGGCUGCAGUGCUCAUGGCCCAUCUCCCACAAGGCAGUCCUUGACCACCUGAGCCCCAGUGGCAAGGUCUGCUCAGCUGUCCUCCUUCCAGUGUACACACCCCACACCUGAUGCACUGGAAGAAUGGUGGAAAGGCUUUUCUCUGCACUGAAUUAACAAUUCAAUGAUACUUCAGAAAUCAAAUGGACAUCUGAGACCCCAGAAGGAAAAGAAAUCACCAUAUUCUAAGGCUCAGUUGUAGAUCAGAAACUGCAGCCAAGCCAGCCCCCAGGUCUCUUUCUAGAGCAAUCACUGAUGGCAUCUGGGCAAACAGGCGAGGCUGCUGACUGUGGUGCGUGGUGGAGACAGCACAGCAUGCACCCGGCACGUCCUCAGUGUUGGGGGUGGCUAAUAAAGGUACUGGCCAUGGACUAACACACAA